UGCCUGCGUGCCGUUACGCUGUGACGACAUGGAAGAACUGCGGGUCCCGAUUGCUGCAGCCGCUUGUCAUUGUGACGAAGAUUGGCACUAAGGUUUAGUGGUGCUGAAGCUCUGCUUUAUAGAAUGCCCAAGCGUUUUCCACGGCAACAGUAACUAUGAUGACAUCCCCAUCAAUGUCCAUGGAGGAUUACCAAGAGUCUGAACAGAUGCAAAUGGGGGAACAGACAGCGGGACAAGCAGAAAAGAGAUUGGAAGAAGAGGAGAGAGAAGAGGAGGAGAGCAGCGCAGCACCUUCUGAGCCACAAACUCUUAUGGAGGUCUACAAGACAGCCAUUUAUAGACACCCCUUGUUUCCUCUGUUGGCGCUGCUCUUUGAAAAAUGUGAGCAAUCCACCCAGAGCUCCGAUUGCGUGACCUCGGCCAGUUUCGAUGUGGACAUUGAGAACUUCGUCCGGAACCAGGAGAAAGAAGGCAAGGCUUUCUUCAGCGAAGACCCUGAUUUAGACAAUCUGAUGGUGAAGGCCAUCCAAGUGUUGCGGAUUCACCUGCUGGAGUUGGAGAAGGUGAGUGACCUGUGUAAAGAUUUCUGCAGCCGCUACAUCGCCUGCCUCAAGUCCAAGAUGAACAGUGAAACCCUUCUGAGCGGGGAACCAGGAAGCCCCUACUCCCCAACACAGACACAGCCACCAAGCUCAUUCUCUGGAGCCCUGAGUCCUCAAGGUAUUGUAGUACCAGCAUCUGCCUUACAGCAGAGCAACAUUACCGUCACAGCUUUAAACCCCACACAAGUGGUCACAGGUGGUACAGUAUAUCAGCCCGUUACAGUUGUUACUCCGCAGGGGCAGCUGGUCACACAGACUCUGUCACCUGGAACAAUACGCAUCCAGAACUCACAGCUUCAGCUGCAGCUGAACCAGGAUCUGAGCUUUUUCAGUCAGGAAGAGUGUUCGUCUAAAGCAAAGAGAGGCAUCCUGCCCAAACACGCUACCAACGUCAUGCGUUCUUGGCUUUUCCAGCACAUCGGUCACCCUUAUCCUACAGAAGACGAGAAGAAAAAGAUCGCCCUACAGACCAACCUGACCCUACUGCAGGUUAACAACUGGUUCAUAAAUGCACGGAGACGGAUCCUGCAGCCCAUGUUAGACGCCAGCUCCUCAGACACACCCAAGAGCAAAAAGAAGACGCCCCAGACACGCCCCCUCCAGCGCUUCUGGCCCAACUCCCUUGCCGCCUCUUUCUCCCAGCAACAAGUUACCAUGGAAGACGGUACCAUGGUGACAGUCGGUGUGGGCGAAGAUGGGCUGCAGACGCUCUCAUCGGAUGGAGCUACGCUGGCCAUGCAACAGGUCAUGAUGGGAGGUCACAGUGAGGAGGAUGAUGAUGAGGAAGAUGAUGAUGAAGAUGAAGACAAUGAUCCUUCUCACUCCGACAUGACCAGGCUGGGUCUGGAAACUAGCGACUCGCUGUAGUAUGACCACACACACACACACAUUCUCUGAGAGUGAUGUGGAGAAAGACAUUAAUCAGAGGAGUAUAAGAGCACUAAAAUGAAAGAAUGUGGAAGGAGGUAGGUAGACAUGACGAGAGAGAGACUUUCAAACAAACAAACCUUGGCUGAUGUUUUGAUGGUCGGUCACUACACACAUCCUCAAGUUGUCAAACAGCUUGUUUGGAGUACAGAUAAAGGGCUUUAAGCCAUACACACACACACACACUCUAACGACCCACACAUGCACCUUUAUAGUCAAAAUGAAGAGCACAAGUCUGCAGUCAUUCUCUCUCGCGGUCGAACACAAGCAUAAUUUCCUUAGCCGUGUGCACUUUUUUUGUAUGAUACUGUAAACUUAAAGUGUUCAAAGCACAGUUUGAAAGAAGCAAUGAGGAAGGAAUUUAAAAACAAAUGGUCACCCAAAAAUGUAUAUUCUGUCAUCGUUUACUCGCAUCUUUCCGAUCCUGUAUGAUUUUUUCAUACGCGUUUGGAACAACAUGAUGGUGAGCACUGUAAAUAACGACAGAAUUUAGAUUUUUGGGUGAACUAUGGCUUUAAUGCUGGAUGAUUUGGCUGUAUUUCUCCUAAUCAUCUUGGAUACCUUGACAAUGAGAUUUCGUCUUGCAUGCCUGUGUUUGCUUUAAUUGCCAGGCACCAGGAAAAGAAGGAACUAUUUUUAUAGUACACUGUCAUAAAUGAUUGGUGCCAAUUUUUCAUUUGUUUUUUUUUUCAUUUGCUUGGUUUUCUCUGGUUUGAUAUGUUUUGUAAGGAAUAUUUAUAUAUGAAAAGACACUUUUAAUGUGGUCACCCUGUUUUGGGGGGGGGUUUGGAUUGUGGUAACGAAUUACUUUGUAUAACGAAAUAAAUUCUACAAAGUUAUUGACUAAAGGUGUAGACUCAGAAGCCUUAUGUGAUUACAUGUCUAAUGCCACAAUGUGAGACGCUAUCAUAUUUGUUUAAAAGAUCACUGAUGUCCUGUGCAAUCGAGAUGGAAAACAUUGUCCAAUAAGUUGAUCAUAUUUAUGAUAUUCAAUGCUUGUAAUUGUUGUGUGUCAAAAAUACUUUGUAUUUAUGUACAUUUUUGGCAGAAAGACUCAUUAUUGGUGCAUUCAGCUCCAAAAAUUACAGAUAUUUUCUUUUUUCUCCAGAGUUAUCUCAGACAGUUCCUAAAGAAAUAUGUUCUUAAAGGGACAGUUCACCCAAAAAUGAAAAUUCUCUACAUUUACUCAUACUAAUGCCAUCCCAGAUGUGUAUGACUUACUUUCUUCUGCAGAACACAAACAAAUAUUACUAAAAGAAUAUGUCAGCUCUGUAGGUCCAUACUAUUAUUUACAAAAUAUGCUCACAUGCUCACAAUAGAUUACACAAAAUCUAUCACACAAUGUAAAGCCCUUGAGAUUUGUACUGUUGACCAGUUUGAAUUAUAAAUAAACUUUCUCAGUGUUAUUUUUCGUGCAUGGCAUAUCAAGUUUUUUAAAAGCCAAUUUAGAAUUUGACAUGUUUUGCCCCAGUUUUUGUGCUUCUUUUUUAUGAACUGAUAUUCUUCUUUACAGAUGUCACUUCAUGAAUUGACCUUGUAUAUCCUGUUUUAUUGUUACUUCGCAUAUUCUCUGCUUUAGGCCAUCUUUUCUAAGCGGCUUUUCAUUUGCAGCAAUAGUCUUGUGAUGCCAUCAGUUAGAUGACUAACCCAAAAGCAGACACUCCUCCGUUGGUUCAGCAUGGGGGGUUUAAAUGCUGCUCUUUGGGCUGUGAGCAUUUUUUUUAUUUGCUUCUCUAAAGCACACAGACACACUCAAAUUUGCCUUUCAAACUCUUCAUUUUGUAAUAAAGGACACAUAC